AUGACGGUUAAAGCAAGGACGCGAAGCUUUGGGCGGGCCUGGACCCCUGAGGAGGAUCGCAAGCUGCUGCUGCACGUGGCAGCGCACGGCACGAGGCAGUGGAGGGCCGUUGUCAACGCGGGACUGCUGCCAGGCCGGGACACCAAGGCCUGCUGCAACCGAUUCAUCAUCCUAAAGAGGAAGUAUUUCAGCUUCCAGGAGAGGCUGCAGGGCAAGCCUUCCCCUUCCCCGGCGCGACCCAUCCACUUCCCCCACCCCGCCGCUCCUCCGCUCCCCCCCUCCGCCACUCCCCCGUUCCGCUGCCGCUCCGCCGCUCCGCCGCGCAUGGCGACGGGAGGCGGGCUGUUCGGGUCCACAGCGGGAUCGUCGCUGUUCGGCCAGCAGCAGACUACCCCCGCGACGCCGUCGUUAUUCGGCCAGCAAACGCCCGCCAUGCCCUCGUUAUUCGGUCAAACCACCCCCGCAACGCCUUCGCCGUUCGGGCAGCAAACUCAAGCUGCCGCCGCGCCGUCCCUUUUCGGCCAGACGACCCCCGCAGCGCCCUCGCCGUUCGGCCAAUCAGCUCCCGCGUUCGGCGCUGCGUCCACCCCCGCGUUCGGCGCCGCUUCUAGUUCCGCGUUUGGUGCAACGCCUACCUCCGCAUUCGGCGCUGCUUCCACGCCCGCUUUCGGAGCUGCCUCCACCCCCGCGUUUGGCGCUGCGUCGACGCCCGCUUUCGGCGCAACUACCUCCGCAUUCGGCGCUACAACCACCUCCGCAUUCGGCGCUACCCCUACCUCCGCAUUCGGCUCUACCCCUACCUCCGCAUUCGGCGCUGCUUCCUCGACGCCUGCCUUCGGCGGUCAAUUAACCCUAUCCCAACCGCAGCAGCAGCAGCAGGGGGCGCUGCAACAGGCGCAAUUCGCGGCGCAAUCCGCGCAGUGGUCCGCGGCGCUUCCGGAAAGGGAAGUCGCCGCGAUCGCCGCCGCGUAUUUCGGCGACGCGCGGAAUCCGCUAGGGCGGUUCGUGAGCCCGUUCCUUAGCGUCACGCACCCCCUGGCGCGCUUCCGCCCGCCCAACGUUCCCGAGCUGACGUGGCAAGAGGCGAUUGGCCUGCUGGCGGCGGCUGGCCCGGAAAACCAGGCGGACGGGCUGUGGCCGGAAAUGGUUUGCGGAUUCUCGGGAUUGUCGAAGAGACUGCAAGUGCAGGACGAAACGAUAGAGGCGGAUAGGCAGCGGUUGGAUGCGGUGGAAGCGGCGGUGGGGCAGGUGAGGGCGCACGUGACAGCAGUCACGGAGGGACGGCAGGGGGCUGUGAGACAGAAGCAGCAGCAGCUGCAGCAGCGGGUGCUGCGACUCAUGCGACUUGUCGAGAUUAUGGAGCUUAGAACAUCGCCCCACGUCCCUCUCUCACCAACUGAGCUUCUUCUAUCAGACAGGCUUCAGUUCCUUCUCCGUCUGCUGUGCAGCGGGGCAUCAGAACUCCCCCGCAAGGUCGAAUCCCUCGCUGCAGCAGCUUCCCUGCUGGCCGAUGGGGCGGGAGAGGGCGGGGGCGCGGACACAGGCGCGGGGGGAGCAGCAGGGGGAGCAGGGGGCGCGGGGGAGGGCGGGGGAGUGAGGGUGGAGGAGUGGAGCUUGGAGCGAAUGAGGGGGGUGGUGGCGACACAGGCAGAGGCGGUGGGGCGGCUGGCACAGCUGGUGGAGAGAGAUGUGAGGGAUGUGGGGAUCAUGAUGGGGGGAGGGGGAGUAGACCCCCUAGGGGGAGUGGCGGGAGCAUAG